GGCGCAUAAAUACACAGAAAGGCAGGUCUGUGUGCACACUGUGGGCUCCGGUGCUGAGACGACACCUCCUGCACAGAUCACUUGGAUUGGACUAGAGCUACCUGCAGCAUGAAGGCAACAGGUGCCUUAGUGCUUCUCAGCCUGCUGCUGCUCUCUUUCUUCUCAGAUGUAGCAGGUCAAGACAUUGAAGAGAUUUGUAAAGAGUUUGUAAACAGAAGCGUGUACUGCACGAGGGAGUCCAACCCUCACUGUGGCACGGAUGGCAUCACGUAUGGAAACAAAUGCGCCUUCUGCAAGGCAGUGCUGAGAAGUGGAGGCAAAAUAAGAUUGAAGCACCUGGGGAAAUGUUGAGUCCUCACCAUCACUGAGCAGCAACAGCUGAGCCCCUGUCAGCAAUGGCCGCGGCCGCCUGUGCACGGACACGGGAGCAGCUUGCCCUCAUCUCUGUCAUCUCUGCUCAAUAAAAUAAAA